UUAGGCGCCGACUCAAGCAUGUCCAAACAGGGCUUAACACUUAUGCACAACAGAUGUCAAUGGGAAAUGCCAAAGCCAUGGCGCAACUCCUUAACCUAAACCCUCUCGGUUCUCGAUCGUCCACCCGACCCGAAUCUAGCCAUCUUCAACCUCUCAGUGCCGCCCACUAUUACUACGGUAACGGAAGCUUUACUCUUCUGUUGCAGAAUCUCAAAUGUAACAGCAAAUUUACUUGCCUUUUCUCAGAUAAUAGAAGCCGCAGAGAGGAACAAGCUAGAAAAGCAUUGGAAAGUGCACUUGGUGGAAAGAAAAAUGAAUUUGAGAAAUGGAACAGAGAAAUUAAAAGGAGAGAGGAGGCAGGUGGUGGAGGUGGUGCUGGUGGCAGAGGUUGGUUUGGAUGGGGUGGAAGAUUUGGUUGGUCUAAUGAUGACCAUUUUUGGCAAGAAGCAAAGCAAACGAGUCUGACUGUUUUAGGUAUCAUUCUCAUGUAUCUCAUAGUUGCAAAGGGUGAACUAUUGCUGGCUGUCAUAGUAAAUCCAUUGCUUUAUGCUUUGCGAGGAACAAGAGAUGGGUUAACUUCCUUAACAUCAAGAAUCUUAGAAAAGACUUACGUGGGUGGUCUUGCCAAGUCUGAUAAUAUAUCAAUGAAAGGAGUAUAUGGUCAGGUCUCCGCAAAAGACAGAGUUUUGAGGAAAUGGGGAAGCGAUUGAUGGUUCUCUUGAAGGUUGGACAUCAAUUUAUCUCUCCAUGUGUUACUAGUUUAUGAGUAGUGAAUUAUUAUUGCAUUUGAAUCCAUAAUUCAGACACAUUUUCAAUUCUGUGUAAGUUUGCGGAUGAGAAUCAUGAGAUAGAACUUGGAAGUUGAAAGUUAUUGAGGCAUCCACAUUCAAUUUCUUGAUUGGUCCAACUGUAUUCUGAAAUUUAAACUCUUUGGCCUCAGGAAUUUGAGAACUGAUUUU